GUUGCGGAAGGUCGCGGGGCGGGGCCGGACGAGGUGGCUGCGAGCGCUGGGCUGUACAGCUGCGAGCCCCGCGAUGGCUCCGGGCCGCGGGCUCCUUCUCUGCGCCCCGCUUGCGCUACUGCUGCUGGCAAUGGCCCCGGACAGCGCCUCCCCGGCUGCUGCGUCCGAGGGAGCUUGUCUUCAAUACACAAACAAAACUUGUGAAGAGUGCCUGAAAAAUGUCUCAUGUCUCUGGUGCAGCAGCAACAAGAAAUGCAUGGAUUAUCCAGUUAAAAACCUUUUCCCUCCUCGUUCUCUCUGUGAGUUGAGUUCUGCACGCUGGGGAGUCUGCUGGGUGAACUUUGAAGCCUUGAUCAUCACAAUGUCUGUGGUAGGAGGAGUGAUCCUUGUUGCUCUCUGCAUCUGCUGCUACUGCUGUUGCAGAAAAAAGAAGAGCAAAAAGCCAGACAAAGAAGAUGAAAAAGCUGCCAGAGAGCGGGAACAGAGGAGAGUACGGCAAGAAGAGAGGAGAGCUGAGAUGAAAUCUCGACAUGAUGAAAUCCGGAAAAAAUAUGGCUUGUUUAAGGAAGAGAACCCUUACGCCAAAUUUGAAAACUAACUGGUCUUCCUAGAAAUACCACGCAACACCAAAGCUCCUCUACCUUUGCCAACUGGAGCUUUACAGUAUAGGCUUAGAGACUUUGUAUUCCAAACACCAAAAAAAUAAAAUUACUGAGAUGCUGCGAUAGCCUUAAAUUGCCAAAGACUGUCAUGUGCUUCAGUAGAAAGCUUUGUGCUAACUUGGGACAGAGCCUACUGUAAUCCCAAUGAGCUAUUACGAACAGCGAGACUGAACCAGAAAGAACCUGACUUUACCUCAAGACAUUCUAACACAGCUCAACAGACUGUGCAGCAUUGUCUGGGAGUCCAUUUUAAAUCUUUGCUAUUUCUGUUGUCUGACUUGCCAGACGCUUUGUAAUGCAAUGGCUUCAAAGAACAGCUCAUUGAACCAGUCUUGCCCUUCUGCCCUACUCCUUUCUUAUUCACCAAAUAAAGUAAAGCUUUAAAUCUGAGGGCAGAGCAGGACUGGGGCAGGGGUGGGGGGUAGUUUGGUCCUACAUAAGGUAUAGCAGCAAUUCAGAAUAUCAGGGUAGAUGAAUAAAAGAAGACUUCUUAGAUCAUCAAGGCCUUAACUGUGUCACUUGAAGUGCCUGUACAGUUGUGUGUUACA